AUGGCAAAAACGAUUAGAAAAUAUUUUACAUAUCCUGAGUGUGAUAUUGAAUCAUCUCGUGAGUGGAGAAAUUUAAUAAAAGAAUGGAUUGAAAUGGUGGAUGAAGAUGAAAAAAUAAAUCAGACGGAUGAAGAAAAUAGUGAAAAUUUAGAACCACUCAUUAAUCGUGUUAUGAAUUUAGACCAGAUUUUGUGUAAAAAACACACAAAAAUGCUAAAUGGAAGUUAG